AUGCAAGUCAAAGCCGGUGUGGUCGAAGAUCCCGUCCUCUCAGUGUCCCAAAUUUUUCCUGGCGCAAAAAAAUCCUUAUCGAACCACCCCGCCCCCGAUAAGACUCGCUUAACAAGUGUACGUACUGUGUCGGAAGACAGCUUUGGCCCAAAGUUUCAGGUUGCGAGCUCAGGAAAGGCAAUUGCGGUCUCCAUGGAUCAUGAGUUCGUUUCUCAUGUUUUCAACAACCGUAUUUCAAAUUGGAUGUAUCGAGGGAUGGGACUAUUGCGAAAGUUCUCACCAGUUACCUGGGCGUCCCUCGGUUGCCCGAUUUACAAGACAAGAAUUGCCGUCCUUCCCCGUACCGGGUUCCCAGCUCUCCUCCCACCGGCAUUUCAUAUCUUCAUCACGCCUAUUCCGUAUCCCGCCGGCCCUUUCAGUAAUCCCGUUUGCAAACUUAAUCAAGCGAUUGUUCCCUCCCAAUCUUGGACAUUAUCGUCGUAUGUCCUUUCGGUUCUCAGUUUCAAUGUCCUAGACGUUGGUUCGUUCAUGAAUCUCACUGUUCGGGAUUCGAAAGCCGGACCCAUCUUUUGUCAAUUCGUAGUUCGUGGCUUAACUUCCCUCGUGGGCCAGCCCGGCAAUUAUCUACCUGGCAGUCGUGAUCUUCCCCUUGCCUCAAGGGCCAUCGUCGUUGCUGCACCCGCAUGGUACUACACUUACCUGAUAGACCUCAGUUCCAUAAUUCAGACAUAA